AUGAGCAACCCAGAAGUGAUAACACUCAAUGUGGGGGGCAUGAAGUUCACCACUCUAACAUCUACUCUUCUUAGAUUUCCAGAGUCAAAAUUUGCACAUCUGCUGGAUGGCAGCGAUCGGGACUUUAGAAUAGUAAAUGGCCAAUAUUUUGUGGACCGGGAUGGAACUCUAUUCAACUACAUUUUAGAUUAUCUCAGGACAUCACAGCUGACUUUGCCUUCAGACUUCUCAGAUUAUGAAAGGCUUCAGAGAGAAGCAGAAUUCUAUCAGAUUCCAUCGUUGGCUGAACAGUUGGGUCAAGAAAACUUCUAUCGGCCCAGAAUGGAAAUCCUAGAAGUGCGUUUUCUACUUCAGGAAACUCAUGCUUUUUUCCGCAUCUUCUGUUCAUGUAGCAGCACUAUUGAAGCUCUUGCUGAUCGCAUUGUCAUGUAUAUAGAGCAACCAAUAGGAGUUCAAGGCUGGAGCUUUCCAUAUGGCUCCCAAAAACCCAUGGCACCUAUACCUCUACAAAGACCAUCACAUCAUGACCUGGUGUUUCAGAGUGGAACAGACUACUCAACAGGAGACCAGUUCGGAGCCAGGUAUGUCUCCAUAAAACCGGACCAGAGGAAACUACUAAAUGGAACCAAUGUGCUUGGACUCCUGCUGGAUAUCUUACUCAGGGAAGGCUUCAGUCUAGUGAGCACCAGAGCGGUGUCAGCGGAAGAAAAAGUAGAGUGCUACACCUUUGAGAGGAAGAAAAGGCCCGAAGUUCUGACCAUCACAGAGAACCCUAAACCGGAAAAAAAUGUGAUCAUCCAAACAAAACAGGUCAAAACAAACAAGAAAAGAUGAAACAAACAAACAAAAAAAACACACCCAAAAGCUGAAAAAUCACUAAUCACCAACUUCAGAGGCUAAAGUAAUUGCCACCAAAACUACAGUUUUGAUGGUCAGGAUAAUGCUGCAUGUACA